AUGCGUGCCAAGUCACUGGCAGGUCUCGGCUACACCCAUGUGCACUGGGCCUUUGCCGACAUCCACCAAUACCUUUCAUUCAGUAUAGAUGACACUCACCCCCUGGGUGCCGAUGUCAAGGGUAAUUUCGCCUAUGACGGCUGGGCUUUCUCCACCGACCCGGCCAGACACCAGCUCCUCCGGCGAGUGUGCGAGCCGGGCAAUAGGGACGCGCUUGUCACUGCCGUAGUUGCAAGCACGGGCCGUACAGCUUCAAUAUGGAUUGGGUAUAUCUGCGCAGUCAAGGUAAAAAAAAAGCAAGAGUCUCAAAGAUUCAGCAGCCUGCUUGCUGAUCUCCACCUUCUGAGAGAGAACAUCGCCGAGACGGACUUUUAUCCUGCUGUGAUCACCAAGGCCGGAGCAGGGAGGAACGAAGUCAUCGUAGGUAUCUUGAGCUACGACGGCUCUUUGGAGAUGGAAAUUACGGGAUGCACUGGUCCUUUGUGUACCUUUUUUGGGCCCGAAUCGACCGAAAAGCAGGAAAAGUCUACUCUGACGCCAGGCUGUUUAGCCAACGCCGUAAUCGACGAGCUCAUACGCCGCGGUGUUGCCGAAGUCACUCCAUUUUAUGACAGUGAUACGCAGUAUGAUUAUCUCAUAUAG